GACAUAAGAAAGAAGUGUUGGAAGCGUUGCAGUGAUGGACAACGUGUGGUAUUUCGGCAAUUUGUUGGCCCUUCUGUUGCGGUGGACAACCGGACAGCACUCGUACUCAGGAGAGGCCAGUCCUCCCAUGUUUGGUGACUAUGAGGCGCAAAGACAUUGGAUGGAAGUGACGGUGAACCUGGAGGUGAGGCAGUGGUACACCAACUCCACAGACAAUGACCUGUUGUACUGGGGGUUGGAUUACCCGCCCCUCACGGCAUACCACAGCUAUCUUAACGGCAAAAUUGCUCAAUAUCUGAACCCUUUGUGGACACAAUUACAUGAAUCCCGAGGUUUUGAGAGCUAUUACCACAAGAUAUUCAUGAGAUUCACAGUACUUCUCGUGGAUCUGUUGAUAUACUUCUCGUCGAUAUACACCUAUUGGUCCAUUUGUUUGAGUUCUUUGAAUGCAAUCAAACCGCGCGAUAAAGCAGUCAAUUGUGUCAUUAGUCUUAUUAAUCCGGCGCUUAUUCUCAUAGAUUACGGACACUUCCAGUAUAACUGCGUGUCUUUAGGUCUAGUCAUAUGGACAGUGAAUUGUCUGAUGAGAGGACACGACGUUUUGGCCGCAAUUGUCUUCUCAUUGGCCCUCAAUUACAAGCAAAUGACUCUUUAUUAUGCUUUCCCUAUAUUCUGGUAUUUAUUGAGUCUAUGCUUUCGACAACCAAACAAAUUCAAGUCAUUCAUCAAAUUUGUGUCCAUUUCUUGUGCUGUUGUCUUAACAUUUGCUAUCCUAUGGCUGCCAUACCUUCAGAGCAUUGAUUCUAUUCUUCAAGUAUUGAACCGAAUAUUUCCCGUCAAUAGAGGAAUAUAUGAGGAUAAAGUUUCCAAUUUCUGGUUUUCAUUAUCUGUUGUCUUGAAGAUCAAGAAAUAUUUUACGGAUUCAAUGCUCGCGAAGAUUAGUGCUGUCAUCACUUUAUUGUCGGCCAUUCCUUCCAGUUUUCUAUUAUACCGAAACCCGACGCUUUUGAAUUUGAAAUAUGCUCUGGUCAACUCAUCGUUACUGUUCUUCUUAUUCUCGUUUCAAGUGCACGAAAAGUCCAUUUUAAUGGUUUCUAUUUGUGUUCUCCUUGUUAUGGAUAAACACCCGCUCUGUUGCCUCUGGUUUGUAGUGAUCUCAACAUUUAGUUUGCAACCACUUCUGAUCAAAGAUGGAUUGAUGUUUCCAUACUUUUCGCUCAUAAUAUUCUUCAUUUGUGUCUUUACUAACGCUUUCGGAGACUUUGAGAUUUGGAAUCCCAUCUCUUGGAGAGAGAAAGUGGUCUUCUUUAGUUUCAUUUCCUCUAUGAUUGGAUGUUUGAUCUUAAGUGUCGGCGCGUUAACAAUACCGGCGCCUAAAAGUUUGCCACACAUUCAUUCAGUUUUAAACUGUUUAUACAGUUUUAUUCAUUAUGUGGUAUUUGUGGUAUAC